CGACCAAGGUGCGUAGCGCAGAGGGUGCCAGUCUCACAUGUGAUCUGUAACUGGAAACUCAGAAAGCUCUCGCCUAGAUCCAUGAAAUAUCUCUCAUAAUCAAAUAGUAAUACAGAAGGACGGGUCGCCGGCGCGCAGCCUCAGGACGCCCGCGUGGAUGGCAGGAACGGCGGCGCCUCUCCGCGCGGCCGCCGGUGCUCAUUAAGCCGCGUCGCGGACUGCGAAGAUUGCUGACUGGCCUCUGGAACCCUCGAAGCGCACCAAAGCCUCGCUGAGCCGUCGCCUCCCCGGCAAAGCGUCCGCAAUGCCCUUAUCGCCGCCAGCUCGGUGUUCCAUUACCGCCGCGCCGCCGGUAUCGCUUCCCGUCAAGCGACAGCCGGGCCGCGUUGGAUAAGCAAGGGCAGGGCGUCAAAGAGCAAUGCUUCACAAGCUUUACGAACCUAGCGCACCCAGAGCAGAAGCGACCUACCUGCGCCGAAGCUUAUUAACAACGGCGAAUCCACUCGACCACGAGGUGAUGCUGAGUGAAGUUCCUGCCAUUACGUACACACGAGUCUUGAUCACAUCGCUGACCUCGCCAGCUGCCAAAGACCUGUUCGAUAGCGCGGAGUCGAAGCUGUAAUUUAUCCAGGGAUUGGUUUGUUCUCAAAGGAAGUACUUGUAGCGAAUUAGGAUACUCCAAGAUGUUUCCUGGUGCAGGGUACGUGACGGGCCGGCUCCGCGAAGCUGGGAAUGUGACGUACCGCCUGCGGGAGGCUUCGCGAAUCCCGAAGGUGCGGGUCCGACGGGUAGACGAGGUGUCGGAGCCCUUGCGGGAGCCCGGCAUCAUAACCGGCUACAGAAAUGAGAACUGCACUGUCCUCCAGGCCGUCGUUUCGCUCUUCAACGCCACCAAUGAGACGGUCAACUUCUGGACACAUUUCCUGGCUUCCGUUUACUUCAUCUGGCUCCUCGCGUCUCUCUCCUCUGCUAUGCCGCUCUUUGACGAUCCGUAUUUGUACCCGCUCACCUGCUACUUGUUUACCUCGUGCGGGUAUCCGCUCAUGAGUUGCAUAGCGCAUGCCUUUUCCUGUCUUUCCAUAACGGCCACGCACGUGUGCUAUUUCCUGGACUAUGCUGCCCUCUCCGUGUACACUUGGGGCGUCGCCUAUGCCUACUACAGCUACUGCUUAGCGCCACAACUUAUGGAUUCGUGGUUCGCUCAGAUCUUCCUUCCGGUAGCUCUGAUGAACGCGGUGUCUGCCACAUUCUGUGCCUGUCUGUCGCGCUUCAUCGUCAACCCAAUCAUCCAGAAAUCCUUGCGAGUGUCCGCCUUCGUGGUGCCGGCCGUGUGGGACCUGACACCCCUUGCCCUCUGGCUGUACACCUGCGACGCCAGCGCGGAGUCCUGCGGAGAGUCCCGCAUCCAUCACAUCAACCAGUACGUGUGCGUCAUCGUUGCCUCCUUCUUCUACGGCUCGCACUUCCCUGAGCGCCUCGCGCCGGGUCGUUUCGACAUCGUCGGUCACUCGCAUAACCUGCUUCACGUGUUUAGCUUCCUGGCAACCAACGAGCAAAUGCGCGCCGUGCUCAUUGACCUGAAGUUGCGGCGGGGCGUCCUUGAGAGCGCAGGCUGGAUUCCCAACCUGAAGCUUCUGACACUCGUUACGCCCUGUUUAAUCAUCACCAUUAUUAUUCUCGUCUUGGUCAUGACGCGACUCCUAUCGCGCAAAAUCGCCACCGACUGCGCUCCGAAUCCGAACAAGACUUGCUCCUCCGCGGCUGCAGACGCGUCUUCCCCACCGCCCUGCCACACCAACGGGCACUUCGACAAUAAAGUUAAGGAAGAGUGACCAAAAGUGGUUCGUAGUCGCCUUGUCUUCGUAGCGGAACCUCAUAUCUCCCGUUGAGUGCAGAGUGCAUGUAUCGAAUUAUCUGGGAAUCACAAUCGCCGUCGCAUCGGGGAGAAGACAGUUGCUUUGAGAUCUACAAAGAUGCGGAGGUGUUUCUUAGUACGCCGGCUGAGUGAUAGGUGUAACUCAUAUUAAUCUCUGAAUAGUGGGCGUACUCCUUAAUGUUUGGUCUAAAGUGCCUUACAGUGGAUGUAUGGAAAAGAAAAGUGAAAUACAAGUGACAUAAAAAUUUAACUUUAGUGAGGAACAUUUUAUCUAUGCACAGCUUUCAUAGUUGCUAAGUGUGAUGUUUUGAAGACCAAACCUAAAUACAAAGGGUAAAAAAAAUCAGCCGAUUGCAUCAUAUUUUAUAGUUAAGAAUACCCAUUUAAGAUAACAAAGUCUUUCUUUGAACUUGGUAAUGAUUGAGAGUUAUUGUUAUUUACCUUGCUACUGCCAGGGUUCACCUGUCAGUAUUUUAAUUGCAAACCAUCUCUUUGAUAAGAAAAUAUCUGGUAAUUUAAUAACAGUUUGGGUGCCUUCAUGUCAUUAUGGAUAAUAAUCAUUUUUAACACGAUUCACUCAUCAUAAUUUGCAGCAGUUGAGUAACAUUCCAGGCUGCUCAGCACAUUCCACAUUAUAUACAUUAUGCACUAUUCGUGAAAGAAUUAUACAUCAGGGCAACCACUGACUGACUGAUCGCCAGAGAGGUGCGUCUGCUCUUCUCGGAGAAUCAUGUCGGUUAUUAGCCAAUACAGAAACGACUGGCCGGAGAGAUUGGUAUAAGAAACGCAUAUAAAUUAGCUUGUAAUGAAUUAAAUCCACUACGUGAUUGGAAUUGAAUCGAUUGCUGUAACUCUGCUCAGAGGGAAGUACUGAACUAAAACGAAAACAAUUGUACAUAAUAUUUUUUUAGUUACAGAUAUUACCGAGUGACAUGAGUGCAAUGUUUGAGUUAUUAUAACUCGAAUGUAGAGUUAUUGCCUUGUAGAUUUUUUCGAUCAGUAUAUUAAACGAGUGUUGUUGAUUUUCUGAUUGCGACAUCCCUGUUGGGAGAUGACCAAGUAUUCUUUAGGCCAUAGAGGUCCUCUGAAAAAAGCGUCCAGUCGAAGAGUUUGUUUAUACAGGACAUUCCACGAAAACAGUGAUGAUCUGGUGCCAUAUUUUUUCAGUCGACAGUACAAUGUUGUUUCAGUGACUAAUGAAAAUGACGGACAGAGCUUAUAAAUACUACGAAGACGUCAACCAAGAAAACACGAUUCCUUCAUAAUCCUUUCACCAUAGAAGGUCAUCGUUCAACUCCACCAAGAGAGAGAGAGAGUUAAUGGAACACAUCACAGAGGUCGCAAAACAGUUUGGAAGAAGACCAACAACCUGCAACCUGCUUUUUGAUGUUGUAAAAGUAUUGUUAUGAUUUUUAGUACAAGAAUGAAAACAAUUUUAUGUUAGAUAUAUGUGAAAUCACAGUUUACAGUGUGCAGGCUGUGGUUCCAUAGUAAAUGGUACAGUGCUUUACUUGGCAAGGUAAUUUCCUUGUUAUAUUACGCUUAAAAAGAGUUCAUGAUAUUUGAGAAAUAGCUAUCUAUGAGUGUUACUUAUGCUCGUGGCACGAUUGGCAACCAAGGCUUGGAAAUUUUUCGAAGGAAAAACUGAUUUUUUCCAUGCCAAAAAACAGAACAGGCUCAAUGUCGCUUCAUCUUGUGUCUGCAUUCCAUUAUUGUUAUUGACAUGAUAAAAUCCACAACGAAAAUAAAUUCGAACUGAUGAACUGCUGUUGUGUAU